AUAGGGCUGCUGUGUCUCCACCCAUCGCGGUGUGAUGCGACGCUCCGGCCAGCCAACCCGAGCGGAGCGUCCCCGCCUUAAGGCAGUUGAUCCUGCCAGCCGGAGCGAGCCGGUAAAGGAGCAAGUCGCCGCGGUAUUGCGCCAGCCGAGUCCGAGCGCUGCCCAGAUCGGUCGCUCCCCAUCCGAUCCUCCUGCAGCUCCCUAGUCCCCGUUUCGCGUCUCUCGCCGGGAGCACCUGUCGCGGGCAAGAAUGGAAAGCGCGAAGAAGAGCAGCUCCGGUUUCCUGCCGCCUUUCCAGCACUUCGCCACGCAGGCUAUCCACGUGGGGCAAGAACCCGAACAAUGGAGCUCGCUGGCCGUGGUGCCCCCCAUUUCCCUCGCGACCACCUUCAAGCAGCACGCGCCCGGGCAGCACAGCGGCUUUGAAUAUAGCCGCUGUGGAAAUCCCACCCGUGACUGCUUGGAAAAGGCUGUGGCAGCACUAGAUGGUGCCAAAUACUGUUUAGCAUAUGCUUCUGGAUUAGCAGCAACUGUGAACAUUGCACACUUACUGAAGGCAGGAGACACUGUUAUUUGUACAGACGAUGUCUAUGGUGGCACAAAUAGAUAUUUUCGAAGAAUCGCAACAGAUAUGGGUCUAAAGGCUGUUUUUGUUGACUGUACCAAACUGGAAUGCCUUGAGGCUGCAAUUACACCAGAGACCAAGCUUGUAUGGAUUGAAACUCCAACAAAUCCAAUGCUGAAAGUUGUUGACAUUCAAGGAUGUGCAAACAUUGUUCGUAAACACAAAGGAGUUAUUUUAGUCGUAGACAAUACUUUUAUGUCUGCAUAUUUCCAGCGUCCUUUGUCUUUAGGAGCAGACAUUUGUAUGUAUUCAGCAACUAAGUACAUGAAUGGACACAGUGAUGUUGUAAUGGGAUUGGUUUCACUAAAUAAUGAUGAACUUCAUGAGAAACUCAGAUUCUUGCAAUAUUCCAUUGGAGCAAUUCCAUCUCCUUUUGAUUGCUACCUUUGCAACCGAGGUUUAAAGACUCUGCCAAUCCGCAUGAAACAGCAUUUUCGCAACGCAUUGACUGUGGCCCAAUAUCUUGAGUCAGAUCCAAGGGUUGAAAAAGUCAUCUUCCCUGGAUUACAGUCACACCCACAAUACGAUCUGAUGCAACGUCAGUGCACAGGCUGCCCAGGAAUGAUUUCCUUUUACAUCAAAGGAAACCUUGAAAAUGCAUCUCGAUUCCUUAAAAACUUAAAGCUUUUUACCCUCGCUGAAAGUCUGGGAGGAUAUGAAAGUCUAGCAGAGCAUCCAGCAAUCAUGACUCAUGCCUCAGUUCCAAAGGAAGACCGAGAGGUCCUUGGAAUAUCUGAUACGUUAAUUCGCAUAUCUAUUGGGUUGGAAGACUCAGAAGAUUUACUAGAAGAUUUGGACCAAGCUCUGAAAGCAGCAAUUCCUGAUUAUAGAAUCCGUAACUAGGAGUCUUAAACUUAAAAUUGCAAUUGAUUAAUUUGUAAAGUAACGGAAGGAAGAUCAACUGGCUGCUCAGUCCUUCAUGAAUUUCCAUUGGAUUUGAUUUAUGGAAAAUGGAGAAAACAUUAUGGGUACAUUAUGGAUAUCCUCAGCUCACUGAAUCUGCAAAGACUUUCAAAUGGACUAUUUCUUAGUCAUUUGCUUCUUUUAAUUUUAAGAAUCAAAAUAUCUACUUUUACUACUGUAGUAGCUCUCAGAUUACCAUGAUUCACAUUCAGGAUUAUAUGUUUGUAAUUGCUUGAUAAUAUCUAUCUUUACUCAGUGUAUGCUGAUGUAACUUGGGGCUAAGCUAAGCUGUAAAUCAGGGCUACAGCUUAAGAAUGCACAUGAAGACCUUUAAAGAUUAGAAAGUGCAUAAAUAUUAUGCAACAGCUUUCAAACUAAUGCUAUGUCAGUGCAUCAGAUUCCCCGUUUGUUAUUUGCUCAUGAUGGUUACAGACUAGUACAGAAAUGAAUGAAGCAAACUUACUGUAAGUUCUGAAAAUGUGAGUCUGAUAAAAUGCUUAAUGACCAGGUCUGUUAAUUUGUCUUUACUGUGCAAUACUGAAAAAUGAAGCAAAAUUAAUUACACGAUAUCAUAUGUGUUACUUUUUUUUAAAGUAUUGAAUUUGAUUUGAUGUCUCUUUUUGAUUUAGCAUAUUUAAUUAUAUGUUUGAUUAUAUUUCUUGUCUUGAAGGUCUGAAAUUCUUGGUAAGUUAAUUAUUUGAGAUUAAGUACUGUUUCCAUAAGGAAUACUACUAAUACAUUGAUUUUAGGUCCAAUUUACUUGAGAGAUGUUUAGAAAAAAGGUGUAGAAAUCUACAUACAGUUUAUAGUUGCAAAAUAUUUUCCUAUGUGCUUGACCUUGUUGUCUUAGUUCUCUUAUAUUCAAUCCUUCAACAAAUCUUGUGAUAAGGUAUUGGGAAGUUAGAUAUUAAAAUAUGGAAUUAAAUCAAUAAUUGGGAUAAUUUCUGAUCUCCUUGUGUUUAUUAAAUUGCACUCUGUCUUGUCAACAAUCUCUGCAAGAUUCUGAUUAUUCAGAAUCCAUAGCUUGAUCCUCGGCUGCAGAACUGAGCUAUGGAUUGAAUCUAUAGCUCAGUUCUCAGCUGCACAGGCCUUCCGGAAAGGCCUGUGACUGAGAAAAGCAGGUCUGGCUGCAGACGACGCCGCAGAAAUUGACCGGCGAGGAAAGGCCUGGCUGCAAGGCCUGGUGGGGCGCAUCGGGCAGAUACAUACCCCUACCCACGCCCUAGCUUGAUUUUUAGAUGUGUGCCUUGCCGACAAACUAGGACUUAUUUUUGGGGUAGGGCUUAUAUUACACCCGCCCCCAAAAAUCAAUCCCCUCAUAUCCAUUUCAUCCUAGGCUGCCCCUCUUCAGAAAUGCCCUUCCCAUGGUUAAACUGCCCCUCCCCAUGAAAUGCUGAGCAUUUUUAAAAGCAGUUUACUGGUGGCCUGAAUCUGUUAACUGACAGUAUUCCCUUGUAACAGGCAUAUUUGGGAUACUGGUGAGCUGGAAUGAAAUUAACAAGAGUUCGCCAUUUUUUUCCUUUUAGCCACAGGAUCACAAGAACGAUGAACAAAUGGUGUCGCCAUAUCCAAACUACUAGUGGACGGAUGAAAUGCUGUAUUUGCACAGCAUUGCUUUAUCUGGCUAAUGAAUUAGCUCAUUUAGCAAUUCAUCUUGUUAAAUAGUGUAGCCAGUUUGAGUUUUUACACCACACACUAAUUUAUCAACACAAAAUAAAACAAAACCAAGCAGCUGCAAGGUCCUUAAUUGAGCUGGUUGAACAUGUACAUUAUCACUUACAUUUUAGGAGUGUGUGUAUUUGAAUGUUUCUAUAUAAAAUAAUGUACUUGAAGGAUGUUGAUUGACUUUUGAGUGUCACAAAAACAAAAGCCAUAUAUAUUACUCUGGAUUUGAUUUAUUCCAAUUUCUGAAGAAGCUAGGAUUUUCACCUUCAACAUUAGAUAGAGGAAGCAAGGAUAUAGAAUUACCUCUUUCUUCUUCCCAAUAAUCUCUCUUUUCUAGAACAGGCUGCCCUCGGGUGGGUGGACAAAGGAGGAAAAUAGCAUAUGUUCUGGCUUAUUGUACACUUUACUGUUCCAACUACUAAAUUCAAUAUCCUAACACAUUCUAAGUUUCUUGUACAGUAAAAUAAUGGCAACAUCAAAUAAACUUGUAAAAUUA